AUGUUCGUGUUGUUUGGGGCUGUUGCCUUGGCUGGCGACCCGCCAUCCGGCAACUGGUGGUCCACUGACUGCUACUCUUCGGGUAUUUACUUCAACGAUACUUCUACGAACCCCCCUACCAGAGUGUACACCCAUCCAGGCGAUGCUGGCUUCUAUUACGACUGGAUGCUCACGAGACAUGUCUGCGAAGACGAUUUUUCCCCUUCGGCCCGCUACCUCGAAGGCAUAGGAAGAUGUGUCGCAAACGAAGAGGGCUACUCUAUCAACGGUGCCCUUUCCUGGAGCUCUUGCGCAGCUCACGCGCGCCAAGGAUUUUUCGGAUACAAUGAUAAUGGUGACCAAGAUUACAGCCAAAAGUAUGUCGGAAAUGCAGAGGGAAGAGGCUAUCUCCCAGGCCAGUAA